AGUUAACGCUGUUGACUAAAUUGUGCCAAAACAAACUAUGUACUAUCUCUAUUUUUGUGUGUUAAUUGUAAUAUUUUAAUAGGACAUAAUGCCUACGGUGAUAUUAAUGGACGUCUCGCUAUCAAUGUCGCGGCCUGUCCCGACUCCCGACACAACCGAGACACAUACCCGGCACACGAUAGCGACUGCAGCAGUGAACACGUUUUUAGAUUAUUUAAGUAUUCACGCUAAAUUAGAAUAUGUUGCUCUGGUCUCAUUUUCUUCCGUUUACGAAGUUUCAGUUCCUUUUACUCGGGAUUUUGACAGUAUACGCAGCAAAUUGUUGACUUUAGAGGAAGGAGACAAAACCUGCAUAGACACUGCUCUGCUUGGUGUAAACCAGCUGGUGCUAAAUGAAUGGGGUGGAUGUCAAACCCCUGUGCAAAUAAUAUUGAUAACAGAUGGAAGCAGUGGUGUGGGUGCUAUUGGCAGAAACCGGAUGGUACAAGCUCUGCCAUUGCCUCCGUCUUAUCCAGCAAAAAUACACAUAUUGCCCAUUGUGUCCCCUCAUGAUCCUUGUCUACAACAUGCAAUGCCGCUAUACCAGAAAAUAGUGGACCUAGCAAAUAACACAACCAGCAACUCCAAUGGUAAUAUGUCCCGUGGUACUAUCUACUGCCCUGACCAGCUUUCUGUGCCUGGUGUAAUAACAGCGAUGACAAGGCUGUGUGAACAACACUAUCAAGAAUUCUGGUGCACCCUGAAGUGUGGUCAGUUGGAGGCGCGCGUGCAAUUGUUCCCAGCGCCACAAACUAUUACACUUGAGGAAUUAGCUGCCACUUACACGCUGGCUAAUCAAAUACACGUCAUUGGCUUCCUACAACAACAGGAGCUUAGUACCCCAAUAGCGUUAAGUAAACACCUAGUAAUACCGCAAGCUCAACCAGGAACUACUCCGGCGCCGAGGGAAAACUAUGGCUCCAAAACUCCUACCAAGGAAGGGUCCAGUACAGAUGGUUCUGCGACAGAGGAAGACAUGUCUGAUCCCAGUAAAGUUCCCAACUUUUGCGUUCUGCUUCAUGGAGCUCUAAAGGUUGAAGGAAUGGCAGCGGUAGUUUUGCUUGGCGCUGACUGGUGGGGAACUCUUACAGCUUCGUGUGAAGCUUCACGUGGUCGUCGUUCGUGUUUGCUGCUCAGCGUCAUGAAGCCGGGAGCGUCCGCCGCUCCUUGGCUCGGUGCCCUCGAUCAGCUUGGACCAGCUGAAGAAGGCACCACUUCCACUGAAACAUUCCCCAUAAGAUCCUGGCGUUCGUAUAGCAGUAGUGGAUCUGCAUGCGCCUGGGCACGUCCACACGCACUGCUCGCUGACGUACAAAAAGUUCUACGACAUGCAAGAAAAUUACCUGAUAAGACACAACAUCUUUUCAAGGAAUUGAACAGACUCCGAAGAGCUGCCAUUUCCCUUGGAUUCUCAGAAUUAUUGACAGCAAUCGGAAAUGCAUUAGAGCGAGAAUGUACGGCUUUACCGCCUACGGCACCCGCUGACUGCGCGUUACAACUCGCUCAUGCUGCAAAUGCCCUGCGAGACCCGAGAACUGCUCUAGAUAUCAAACAUGUGCUGACACCAUUAGGCCAUGGGACUCCAAUGACACAUUAAUUAUCUACCUACACGUGUAAUGGUUUAGAGCAAAUAAUGAAAUACUGGAUUUUUAAGAAUCGAAGACUCUUUUAAACUUUCUAGUUUCAUCUUUACAACAUAUAAUUGCGCGGUUAUUAACGCGAA